CUUCUAUAAUUCUCUCAAUUCUUUAAUAUAAUUUUUUUAGUCGUUCCAAGUUAUACAACUUUAGAUUAUUAAUUAGAUUUUACUUGUAAUUUUUUUUGAUACUCAGCCAUACGUGAUGUACUCUUCUAAACGUUUAUUUUUUAUCUAGUGGUAAUCAUCAGUGAAUAUCGGGAGCCGGGGCGUACUUUUUUAACGCCAACUAACUCUGUACGACCAAUACAAUCCUAGACGCAUGAAUCAAAUGGACAUCGGACUGACUGAAGCGAUGAAAAAUAUAGUUCCUAAAGGACUUCCGGCCGAUAUUAAUUCGGCGAUUAGUGGUUAUGUGACGGAAAAAUUGUACAUGUUGCUGCAGCUGUAUUUGCAAAACAAGGGAUGGAACAGCAUAGAAUUGUUGAAAAUAUUCUCUGAAAUGAAAGAUUCAUCUGUAUUGCCUAGUGCUUCCUAUUUACAAAUGAUGGCUUCGAGAGUGGCAUUAGAUAGUCAAGCAAGAUUAAUUCUUCGAGAAAAUGGCAAAAUUAUUUUACCUUAUGAACAUUUUGCAAAUGCGGUAAUGUUAAAGCACAUGAAUGGACCCCAUGGAUUACAUUUAGGUGUUGAAGGAACUGUUCGAGCGGUUAUGGAUUCAUAUACAAUUGGUCGUGAUAACUUUGGUAUGGAAAAAGACUUUAUUAUUGAAGUUGUACAAAACUGUCCAAAUGCAGCAUGUCGCUAUUACAAGACUCAAUUAGAUUUAUCUCAACAUACUAAACAGUCAAAUUACAUGAACUCUUCGAAUUCUGGUGUAAAUAUCCCAGUUGGUCGUGAAAGUCCAAAUAUAUCAAUGAGUCAAAUGAUUAAUCAGCAAUUAAGUGCUCAUGGUUUAGCACCUUCUAGUACUCAGUCCCAACAAUCACAUUCAGCGCCUGUUGAUCUAACUGGACCAUCACCACAUCCAGCUCCUGAAAUACCGAAUCCAAUGCCUAUUCAUGUACCUCAGGUUCCAAAAACCGUAAGUGCACGACAAGCACAGCACAAUAAACUGGCAGAUUUUUUAAAGGCCAAUCUUGAAAAUCUAGAUAAUAAAGAUUUAAUGGCUGCUCAUGACACAACUUGGCCUGAAGUUUCAGACAAUCGUAAAGGUCAUUUAGAUGCUGGCCAAGAAAAAAUUAUUAGAGCAUUUUCUGAAAUAAUGAAAAAUAUGAAUAGAAUGAAAGCAUGUGUGAGACCAGCUAUGUGUAAACCUUAUGGAAAACAAUCUGAAUCAUUGCAAAAAACACUGAUCGACACAAUUCAGCUUGUUCAGUCAUUAAGAUCAUUUCUUCCUCCUCCACAUAUUGCUGUUAGUAGUUGGAAAAAUGAAGAUAAACAUGGAUUAAGAAAAACUGUUUUAGACAAUUCUAAUCAAACAGUUUCUGCUGCCAAUUUUAAAGAUCUCUGUGAUGCAAUGUCUCGUAACAAGCAAAAUUAAAGACUCCCAUUAAACUUGCAAAAGUAAAAUUUAUUUCAAUUAUUUUUAUCAACUUCUGAAAGUAACAUUGCUUUUAUUUUAUUUUUACGUCUAGUCAAAAUUCCCUAUGUUCCCCAAAAUUAUUGGGAAAGUCUGUUUGUUUACUUGGAGGGAUCUUACCAUUUUAUUUAAAUUUAAAUUUUGUAAUGUCUCCUUAUGAGUGUCUUCUAGUUUGAGGUAUUUACCUUUAUUUAUUUAUUUUAAAUUUAGUAUGUUGUUGAACUAUUUGAAUUCAAUAACUAUUAAAUUUUUUUUUCUUAUACAUGUUUUCAACAUGAUAUCAAAAUGUAUGUUGCCAAACAUUUAUGAUUUGUUUAGUUUCAAAAUAUUUCAUGCCAUAAUAGUAACCUAAGUAUACAUUAAAAUCUAAUAAUUUUCUUGAUUAGGAUUACAUAAUUUACUAAAUUAUAAUAUAAUUAUUAUAAGGAAACGCUUAUUUUAAUAAUAAUAUAUUGACUGUUUAAUGUUUAUAUUGUAACAAUGUUUUAUCUAUUUAUUUUUUUUAUAAAUUACCAAUUCAUUUAACCUGUAAGCACUUGCAUAUCUAGUGAUAAUUUCCCUAGUUAUUGAUUUUUUAUUAUUCAGCGUAAAACUUCUUGUUUUCAAUUUAAUUAGUUAGCAAAUUAAGACUAUAAAAUUUACAAUAGCCUAUAGGCUAUAUUAUUUGAAUCAUUUUUUUCAUGUUUUGUAUCCAUGGGCUGUCAGCUACAACACUAUAUAUAUUAAUUGUUUUAAGCAUUUAGUAGAUAGUAACAAUAAUAAUAAUAAUAGAGUUUUUGCUUUUAAAAGUAAGAAGUAACAGUAUAAUUUUUAUCCCACAUGUUCUUAUGCAUACAUAUUAUAAGUGUUUACUGGUUAAAACUAUAAAAUAUUUUAAGUACAUUUGAUUCUCAAUAACUAAAUAAACUUAAGCUUUUAAGGAGUUUGAAGAAAAUAAAGUAGUUAAAGGUGAAUGUAAUAUUUUAUUAUAAAAAGUUAAAGUUAUUGAGAAUCUCUUGUAUUAUUAUUUUAUUUAAAGUGUGUACUGAUCUAAAAUUAUUAUUUUUGGUUAAGAAUUUUGUUAUUUAUUUUAUUAGUACAAUUAAAUUUAUUCUCAAAAUAACAGUCAUAAAAUGUAUACUUGGUUUAACAAAUGAAAUGAGUUAUUCGAUUGUCAAACCUAACUCCAUGACUUUUUAGACUAAAUCGAAGAACUAUCUAUCAUUUAAUUUGCUGAACUCUAAUAUAUACCUUAAUAUUUAUACUAAGCUAGUCAAAAAUAAUAUCUUUAUCUUUCAUAUUAAUUAGUAAUUGGUGUCUAAUUUUAUUAUCUUAAAAUAGUUAAUAUUAUUAAUUUUAAAUACAUAAUAAUAUACGUAAAAUGAUAUUUAAGUGUGCAAAUGUGUAAUUUUGCAAAGUCACAUGAAAUUAUUAUAACUUUAUUUGUAAGUAAAUUAAAUUUUUUUUUAAUGCAGUGAAACUUCUAUUUAACAAAGUCUCACUAGCUACAAAAAAGAAAAAUUGUAUUAUAGAGGAAUUUGUUAAAAAGAAAUAACGCAUGAUUAACAAUAAAGGUCAUGUUUCUCAAAACUAAUUUAUUAAAUAGAAAAUUGCGUUAAAUGGAAGUUUCAUUAUAUCAAUACUAAGUUUUCCAACAUAGUUGUCUAAGUCCUAUAUACUGUUUAAUAUUAUAAUCUUCAUAAUGAGUUGAAUUCCGAUUGUAUAAGCUCAAUUAUUAUUGUUGGUUGUUUAAACAUCUAAAACAAAGUUUUAAAUUAUCUUAAUGUAUAAAAUAUAUUUAUUACAUUACGAAUGGAUUUUGCUAUAUUCUUAUAUCCCAUCAUACAUUUAUUUUAAAUAGUUCAAUAAAAACUUCUUUUCAGGUAGACUUGAUUUGUUUUAUUUAUAUAAUCCUACACAAUAAAUAAUUAAAACUCAAUGUUUAAACAACAGCAUAACAUUUAUUUUCUAUGAAACUUUUUACAUUUUUAUACUAGGGCUGUGAAUUUAAAGGACUAAAAAACUUUUAAAAAAUGCAUUAAUAGUUGAAAAAAUUGCUAAAAAUUAUAGUAUAAAAUGCACUUAAAAUGGUUUUUAAUUUAAUUUUUAUAUUUAUAUUGAUAUUAUACAUAAGUACAUUACAUUUUACUUGCAUAAAAAUGUGUUUAUUUAAUAAAAAAAAAAAAAUAAUAAAAAUGUUGAUUGAAUUUGAAUUUCAUGUGAAACAUUUUUUAAAAAUUUUAAAAUUAUAUAAAACAAAAAAAAAAGGUUUUCAAAAAUAUUAAUUGGUGGAAUUUAUUUAAAAAUGUCAAAAAUUGCAAAAUAAAAGUUUUAUAAACGGAUUCGUUGUUACAUAAUUCAAAAAUAAAUUCACAGCUCUAGUAAUUAUAGUAUUUAGAAACACGAUACCCAUUAUUUAUAGAUUUUUUUUGUCCAUUUUAAUGUUUACGGCGCGAUUUGAUUGCAUGCCCCAUGAAUGGUUAAAAUAUUUAUUUACCGAAAGAUUGGCAAUUAUAAAUAGCAAUGUAAACGUUGAGCUACGAAAACAGUUAACAUAGGUAUUUGUGUUAAUACCGACAACCAACAGUAUAAUAAGUAAAUGUGAUUUGUGUGUUAAAAUGUAAUGUAUUUUUAUUAUACUAUUAUUUUAUUAGUAUAUGGUAAUAUUUUACUUGUCUUUAUUUGAAAAAAAAAACGUAUCUGUGAUCUUUCCUAAUCCAUUCUUUAACGUUUACCAAAAUCCAAAAUUUAAUGCUUAAUAUUUUCGACACUAUUUUCCUAUUUGUAUAAAGCGUAUAACGUGUACUGUGUGGUCGUCUGUACGACGUUUUAUUGUAUCGUACGUAUAUAUUAUUGCAUAGAUAGGUAGGUAGGUACAAUAAAUUAUUGUUGUAUUAUGAUAAUAAUAUAUUAUGUAUUUAUGUAUUUGCGAAAUAAUAUUGUCUAGUCUUAAGAAGUUUUAUAUCCGAUGUAUGAAAAAAAAAUGUGUGAGGUUAUACUAUAUUGUAGUUCAUAAUGUUUUAUUUGAAUCAAAAAUAUAAAGCUUAAUAUUAUACAUAUA